GGGGUGUUUCUUGACAUAUUUGUGCGUCGGGUGUUUGGUCCAUUGCUCAGAUGCUGGACAAAGAAUUUCUUUAUAAUACAUAAAACAUUUAUAAUAAAAAAGAAAAUUAAACUCUUUUUUUUUUUUUUAGAAACUUUUUCUUUAGAAAAAUAUUUAAAUAUUAUAUUUUGUAGUAUUGAUUUUAUAAAUAUUAUUGGAGUAUUUUAUAGUUGAUAUUGUUAUUUAUAAAUAUUAGUGUUUUAAUUGUCAACAAAUAAUUUAUUUGUGUUUUUUUUUUUACAAGUAAAAAUGAGCAUCAGUGAUUAAUUAUUGUUGAAUGAAAAUAAAUAUGAAAAAUUAUUUAAUUUAAAUCUGUUUUAAUAACAAGUAUUAAUCUAUUUUUGUUGGAAAAAUUUCGAGUGUUUCGAAACGUCAAUUUGACAAGUAAUAUAUUUUUUUUUCUAAUCCGAAAUAUCAUGACCAUGUCGGCGGCAGAUACAACAGUAAUUUUUGCAAAGCUUGAAGCAGUCAAGGAUAUAAGAUCAAAAACAGUUCAACUUGAAAAAAUGAAAUCAAGAAUUGUUCAAGAAGUUGAACAAACUGAACAAGAAGAUAAAUGUUUAAUGGAAUAUAAACAAGAAAUGGAAUUAUUAAUGCAAGAAAAAAUGGCACAUGUUGAAGAAUUACGUCAAAUUCAUGCUGAUAUUAAUGCGAUGGAAUCAGUUAUAAAACAAGCUGAAGAAGCAAGAAAUCGUGCUCGUGAUCAUGCAAAAUUAAUUCAUAAUAAUGAAUAUCAACCAUUGAAGCAUGAUAUUGAUCGUAUGCGUAGAGAAUAUUUGGGUCUUGAAAGAUUACCUGAACUUUAUGAAACUGAGACUGAUUUAAUAGCACCAGAUUAUUUUGAUCGUCCAAUGCAAAAAGCUGAAUGGCGAGUUGAAGUACGUGGUGAAGAUUUAAUGCAACCACUUGGUAUGCAUGGACAUCCUGGUCAUUCUGGUAAUUCAACACCAUUUUUAGCACCACAACCAAUACAAGGACCAAGUAAACCAGAACAAAGACCACUUCCACCAGCUACUGGACCACCAGCUCCAACAUUCAGGUACCACUGGCAACAACCACCACCAAUGAAAUCAUGCUUAUCUUGUCAUCAACAGAUUCACAGAAAUGCACCAAUAUGUCCACUGUGUAAAGCAAAAUCACGUUCACGUAAUCCAAAAAAACCAAAGAAAAAGGACUAAUUUAAAUCAUAUAUUUUUCAUUUACAAAUAAUUUUUUUUAUUAAUUAACUAAUAUAUUUAAAAAUAUAAUUAAAAUUGCCAUAAAAAUAUAAUUUCAAUCGUAUUUAAAAAAUAUGAUAAAAAAAACAUUUUAUUUAAAUUAGAUAAAUUUUUUUUCUUUUAUUUUAAUUAAAUAGUUACGUCAAGUAUUACGUCCAAUAAAAAUUAUAUUAAUACGAUUAAAUUAAACUUGAAAAAUGGGCGAUCUUGAAAUAGCAAAAAAAAAAAAAAAAUCGCCAAGAAAAUCAGCAAUCGAAAUUAACCUUCCAUAAUUAUAGUUUUGUUUUCUUUUUUAAUUUUAUAAAAAUUUUCUAAAAAAUAAAACAAAAACAUUAUUAAUAUAUACUUAAUCUCUAGAUCUCUACUCAAUCUCUCAAGGUACUAAGUAAUUAGCGAUAAUAAUCAAAUUAUAUGUAAACUUUAUAAUAAAAAAAAAAAAUAAAAAAAAUAACUUUGUAGUUAUAAAAACCAUCGAAAAAUGAGAAUAAAUUUUUUUUAAUUUAAAUAUAAACUAGGUAUAAUAAAAAAAAAUAAAUU